AUGCCACCUCAUCGGGCCACCUCCCCGCUCUCUCUAGAAAUAUGCUCGCUUCCGCCUGCACACUCGGACAGUGACGAUAUCAUCGGUUCUGAUGAUGAGCUAGAUAAUGAGGGUCGAGCUUCCCAGCAUCGCAGGAUUGAGAAGCUUGCCAACGCUUACCUUCAGGGCAAACCCUUGUUCAUUUUCUCUGCUUCACUAAGAGGACCCUUUGACCAAGACUGGGUGAAUCCUUGGAGGAAAAACAGAAGACACAAUGAUACAACGGAACAGGAUUCUCGGCGGAUGCAUAAAGGAGAAGAUAGCGCUGAGAGUCCGGUGAUACAAGAAACCAACCUUCGGAAGCGGACAUGUUUCCUUCAGUCCCAAAUACCUCACCAUGCUAAAUCGUCCUCUGCUCGCCCAAACUCAGAUACGGCCGUUUCUUCAAGAAUCAAGAAAUGUUCUUCCGAGGAGGCAGCCCUCUUUUCAAAUCCUAGCACUCGACAAGAUGCACGUAAUAAGAUGUCAAUAUCGCUAUCGCAAGUAUCCAGUUCGAGGGCGAAGAAACAAACAACACGGUCAAAAUUGCAGUCGAAGCAUGCAGCUCAUGUCAAGGACGUGGAUAGAGGCUGGUUGAGGAAGGAUCGGGACCAUGUCGGAUUCCAGGACAUCGACCCUCCUACUUCCCCUACGACGAAGACAUCCUCCCGUUGUUGCGGAGCAAAGAAUCUUGUGGUCAAGCAUACCCUUGUCCAAGGUCAACCUCGAACCGUCCGGACUGAACAAUCAGAACGAAUGUACAAUGAUCAACAGAACCAGCCAACUUCUCAAACAUCUGCUGUAACUGCGACCCGCGUAGGAGAUGACUUGGUUGCAAAUGUCGAGUCUUUCCCUCCCGGUAGCAAGAGACCAAUUUCUCAUACGGGUCAGCUUCCCAUUUCUUCCACAUCUUCCAGCCAAGAAAGAUCAUUUCACUUUCUUUCGUCGUCAUCGCACCUACCCGGGUUUGGGUAUCGUCGGAAGAAACGUUGUUCUACUAGCCCAAAGACCAAUAAAGACCCUCCCAUCACUACCUAUAUGGAGAAUCAGGAGGGCCCAAGCCACUCUGCCUCUUCCAAAGGCUUUGGGAUCUUGCAUCAGCCAAAUCCGGUGCGCCAGCAAAACCUACCGAUGGAUUCCACCAGGCAGAACCAAGUUCAGCCCGAACAGAAUCCGCAGGACUCUGUCACAUUGACUAGCGCUUCCAAUACCUUAGAAAAUGACCCCGCCUCGCAUUCGGAGAGAGUUCAAUCAGUAAACAACCAGUCCAAAGAGGCGACGAGUGACAAACUCCCAUCCGCUCAACAAGUACGGCAGAACCCGACAGUAUCCGACUAUUUGACAUCGCUACACUCAAUAGCUAUCACAAAAGUCAAUUCGGAAGCUGAGGACGACACUAUCGCUGAUCAAGAAUUAUCCACGCAGGCAGCGCUACUCUUGGCGCAGCAGUCUUUUCAAAAUGACCUUGAUAGUUAUCAUCGCGACUCCAAAACCCCAGAGCGAAAGCGACGUGCUUCUCAACUUUCCAAUUGUACCUCACCGACAGCAAGUAAUAUAAUUCCUUUCUACCGACUUAGCACGCCAAAUGACCACAGAGGGAACGAUCAACCGAGGCCAAAUGGCAUGGUUGAUGCGCACAUGAUGAAUCAGGAUGCGCAAGGGGGUUUUCCGGGUGCAGAGAGCUUUAAUCUCAAUCAAGCUAUCGCCGAAGCAGGAAGCUGGCUACAGCAGAGCUUUGAUAUUAAUAAAGAUAUCGAUCAAUGCCGAAAUUACAGCGCGGAGCUCCGCCAUACAUCCCCGUACCUGGAGAUUCCAAAGACCAUUCGUUUGCCUGUCUUGCUUGUAUCGGUCCAUGGCUUGGGCCACAACCAAAUGGCUUUAACAUCGUGGAAAGCGUUCAACUUCUUCGACGUCUCUCCUGUUAAGCUGUCCGAAGAGAGCUCGUCGGUGUUCAAUUCAGAUAUUGCAUCCCUCUGUACCGGAUCGGAAAACCUCUUCCUUGGAUCUACCGAUGGCUUCGUUCAUAUCAUCUCGUCGAGCUUUAAGAUUAUUCGAUCGUUCAAGGCAUCCGACACAGGCUCCAUCACGCAUAUCAAACAGAUUGAAGGGUCAUCGCUUCUUGCUACGAUAGCGGAAGACCUUUUAAAUGAACCAAUCUUAAAAGUUUGGGCACUUGAUAAAUCGGAGAAGAAGACUGGGACGCCUAGGUGUUUGUCAACGACGGGGAUUCAAAAUGCAAGAAGACUAUUUCCUAUAUCGGCAUUCACAGCCCUGGAGGACCUAUCCCAGGUCGCAAUCGGGUUUGCUAACGGGUCCGUUACAAUUAUUCGCGGCGACUUGAUCCACGAUCGCGGUGCGCGACAACGUAUUGUUUUCGAGUCGGAAGAGCCGGUCACUGGUCUGGAAGUGCAUAGCGGACAAAUAACAACGCUUUAUAUCUCUACGACAAGUCGAAUCUUGGCUUUGAUCAUCGCUGGUAGGGGCCAAGGCCAGCCGGCACGCGUUCUUGAAGAUACGGGUUGUGCCCUUGGUUGUAUGACUUUAGACAGAGAGUCAGGGGAUGUGCUUGUUGCAAGGGAAGAUGCAAUGUACACGUAUGGGCCCCAUGGACGUGGUCCGAGCUAUGCCUUCGAGAGCCUUAAAAGCUCAAUCAACAUAUUUAAAGAUUAUGUCGCCUUGGUGUGCCCGCCCAAGGCUGUAUCUUCAAGAUCAGAUUCUCUGCGAAACUUGGGCGUUAAUCAAUCUGUUGAUAUAUUCUCGACAUCUACCUUCACCCUGCUGGACACGGACCUCAAAUUCAUAGCCCAUUCAGAGUCUCUCGUGUCUUCAGUGAAGAAGGUAUUCAUCGAAUGGGGGGAUUUGUUUCUCUUGACCACUGAUGGAAAGAUCUAUCGCUAUCGUGAAAAGAGUUUACAACAGAAACUCGAAAUCCUCUAUCAACGCAAUCUUUACAUACUGGCAAUCAAUCUCGCCCAGAAGACAGGCGUCGAUGCUUUGCAGCAAAAUACAAUCUACCGCAAAUACGGUGACUUUCUGUACCAAAGGGGCGACUAUGACACAGCAAUGCAGCAGUAUCUCAGAGCUAUUGAUAACACCGAGCCGUCGCAAGUUAUUCGAAAGUACCUUGACACGCAGCGUAUUCAUAAUUUAAUUGAGUAUCUCGAGGAGUUGCAUGACCAUGAUCGAGCCACAGUUGACCAUACAACUUUACUUCUGAACUGCUACGCAAAGUUGAAAGACACAGGAAAGCUGGAUGCGUUCAUUAAAGCUCCAGGUGAGCUGAAGUUUGAUUUGGAAACCGCGAUCGCUAUGUGUCGGCAAGGCGGCUACUACGAGCAAGCUGCCUAUUUAGCUACAAAGUACGGCGAAAACGAAAUGGUUGUUGACAUCUUGAUCGAGGACUCCAAGAAGUACGCGGAGGCAGUGGAGUAUAUCUGGAGGCUCGAACCUGAACUGACAUACCCUUAUCUUAUGAAGUAUGCUCGCGUCUUGCUGUCCAAUUGCCCGCAAAGGACAACCGACCUUUUCAUUGAGUAUUAUAAAGGAGAGUUUAAGCCAAGGACGGAAGUCGUCCCCCCAGCCGAACCUCAGGCACAUUCGAAUAGUACCCUACAGAACCUGGCAGCCUUUCUGCCUCUUUCUCUAAUGAGCGCCAGGGGCACACGGACAGAGGUGGCAGAUCCUCCACCAGCAGCGCAGGACCAGACAUCCGAGCAUAUCCCUCAGUACGAAGUCCCGAAACCUAGGACAGCGUUUUCUGCUUUUGUGGGACAUCCACAGGAGUUCAUUACAUUUUUAGAGGCGCUUAUAGAGCAGGAUGAUCUGAACAGGGAGGACAGAGUGGAUCUUUAUACAACGCUCUUUGAGAUGUACCUGGACACCGCUAACCGGAAAAAGCGUGCUGGUGAGAAGGAAGAAUGGGAGAAUAAGGCUAAGCAACUUAUCGAGGGCAAAGACAUCCCCAUCUCAACGUCAAGUGUUCUUUUGUUGUCUGAUCUCUCAGGCUUCCAAGAAGGUUCGACUCUAGUGCGAGAGCAAGAAGGCCUUCGCUCGGAUAUUUUUAGAUCGUUUACGUCCGCCAAGGACACCCAAGGAGCUAUCAAAGCUCUGAGGAAAUAUGGCCCACAGGAACCUCAGCUAUAUGUGGAUGCCUUAUCGUAUUUUGCGUCAAGCCCAAAGAUUCUUGAAGAAGCAGGCGAAGAACUGGACGUCGUGCUCAAAAAAAUCCAUGAAGAUGGACUUAUGUCACCUCUUCAGGUUAUCCAAACCCUCAGCAACAACGCGUUUGUAACUAUGGGCCGCGUGAAAAAAUAUUUGAGUGAUAAUAUUGAGCGCGAGCGCAAGGACAUAGCCACGAACCGCCGUUUGAUAUCUAGUUAUAGUACAGAAACUGAGAGCAAGAAAAAGGAACUAGAGCAGCUGGGCAACAAACCGGUCGUUUUUCAAGCUCGCCGAUGCAUGUCUUGUGGGGGAUCACUUGAUCUCCCCACGGUUCAUUUCCUCUGCAAACAUUCUUUUCAUCAACGCUGUCUCAACAAGGUAGAUGAAGAUGCCGAGUGCCCAAUGUGCGCUCCGCAGAACUCCACGAUCAAAGCUAUCCGGAAGAGACAGGUGGAAUCCGCAGACCAGCAUGAUCUUUUCAAAGGGGAGCUUCAGCGGUCCAAGGACCGAUUUGGGGUUAUCAGCGAAUUUUUCGGAAGAGGAGUAAUGCGACCGCAGAGCACAAUUGAAUGA